CCUGCAAAACGAACAACACCGUUAUAUCUCUCUCUCUCUCUCUCGCGAGUCGCAAUGGCUAGAACCAAACCUUUUGGCAUUCUCCUGAUCAUGACGUGCUUCGCUUUGCUCGACCAUUCGCCUGGCUCAUGCGGCGGAAUUGCAGAGAAAGAGGCGGCGGCGGCGGCCGCCGAAAUCCAAGGAAUGUUCGUGUUCGGAAGCUCUCUGGUCGACAAUGGCAACAACAACUUCCUGCAAGGCUCCCUGGCCAAGGCCGACUACUUGCCUUACGGAAUCGACUUCCCUCUCGGUCCUUCUGGAAGGUUCACCAACGGCAAGAACGUGAUCGACCUUCUCGGCGACCAGCUCCGCCUGCCUUCUUACAUUCCCGCCUUCGCAAAUCCCUCAACCAAGGGAAGGUCGCUCGUCCAUGGUGUCAACUACGCCUCCGGCGCCUCCGGCAUUCUCGACGACACCGGCUCUCUCGCUGGGCAUGUGAUGAGUCUGAAUGAGCAGAUCAGGAAGUUCGAGGAGGUGACGUUGCCGGAGCUGGAGGGGGAGCUGGGCGGGGGAAGGAGAGAAUCGUUUGCUCGGUAUCUGUUCGUGGUGGGAAGCGGAGGGAACGAUUACUCGUUCAACUACUUUCUGAGAAGUUCCGGCAACAACGUCAGCCUGGAAGACUUCACCGCCGGCCUUCUCACCACCCUCUCCGGCCAACUCAAAAAACUGUAUGGAUUGGGGGCCAGGAAGUUUGUGCUGAUGUCGCUGUAUCCACUGGGGUGCACCCCAAUGGUGUUGGUGAGGCGGCCGGCGGAGAAAGGUUGCAUGCAGAAUCUGAACAUGGCGGCUCAUCUCUUCAACACACAGUUGAAGAAAUUAAUUGACGAGUUGAAUCCCCAGUUGCCUGCCUCCAACUUUGUCUACGUCAAUGCAUACAAGAUGGUCAGGGAUAUCAUCAGAGACCCUUCUUCUGAAGGGUUUAUGAAUGCUAGGAGCCCUUGCUGUCAAGUGUCGUCGAUAGCGGAAGGUGGAAAUGGCGUUUUGUGCAAGAGAGGAGGAUCAGCCUGUGGGAAUAGGAGCGCUCAUGUUUUCUUUGAUGGGCUGCAUCCAACAGAAGCAGCCAACGCCGUGAUAGCCAGAAAUGCUUAUGCUUCCAACCGGAAGACUGUAGUCUACCCCAUGAAUGUUGAACAACUUGCUAGAAUUUAGAUUCCUAGCUAGCUCAGCCUCCUAUAUAUGUGUUGAUUAAUCUAAUCUUAGCUACUUGAAUGACAUGUAAUCUAGGAACCAGAUGCUUAUCAAUGUACGUUAACGUUAUUAUCAAAUCCUACCGUGAGUGUUGCGCCGACUUCAA